UUUCCCGUCAACGCGAUGAUCCACAAAGGGAUCGAGAGCAAAGACUUCAUGAUGAUUCGUCAAAGGAGAUAACUCCUAAUAUACGUAAAGUUGACGAAAAAGAUGUUGCAUUUCGUCGAUUAGAUGAAAGAUUAUCUCGUAGGCUCGAUGAACAUCAUCAGAUAUCUGCAACAUCAGAUAGAUCUCAACGAGAAUUAUUAAAUAGAGAUCGUGAAAAGGAUAAUCAUUAUCAACGUGAUGCUUCUGAAAGGUUAAGAAUUGAAUCUAAUAGAAGAGAUGAGCGAACUUCAAAUAUCCGCCAAAAAAACGACGCACAAAAUGAUUCAGUUUUCCAAGAUAAUAGAGGUCGGGAUAGAGAAUCCGGGCAACGAAAUGUUCAACCAAAUGUGCAAUCUGAACUUGACCGAACAGAAAAAAGGAAGAAGGAUGAAUCUGAAGUUACUGAACGUAAACCCUAUAUGGAUAGGGAACAACGGGGCGAUUCUCUUCAAUCAAUUCAACGUCCUCCGGAAUAUCGUUCUAGAGAGAAGGAUAGAGAUAUUCGUCAACGCGAUGAGUUUAUAGCAAAAGACAAUAUCAGGGUAGGAAUAAAUAGGGACCAAGAACGGGAAUUACCAAAUCGCAGAGAUGAUCGUACUGGUGGGCUUCCUGACCUAUAUAGACCGUCAUCGGAACAUCAUCUUAGAGACAUUGAUAGGCGAUCAAUAAGAGAGUUUGAUAGAGAUUAUCGAGACCGUGAUUUGCGCGGUGAACCUAUUGGUGUUGAUAGGUAUCGUGGCGAUUAUAGUCGAGACAAUAAUCAAGGUCGUGACCGGAUGAUUGAUAGCCAUCCUCGGGAAGUAGAACGACGUUUGUCAUGGGAAUUGGAUAACCGUGGUGGCACUGGUAUUUUUUCUGAUAAAGAUCAGAUGGAUCAUCGAAGGGAAAGAGAGCGGGAAAGAACUCGUGAAGUUGGGCAUAAAAGCAGGAGCAAUUCUGCUGAAUUAAAAGUUGAUUCACAUAAGCAUUUAUAUGACUUUCAUCAACGUGAACCUGAACGGCGGACAACUCGUGAUGUUGAAAAUGACCAAAUGGCUCGCACGAAUAGGACAGAGCUUGUUCGCCGAUCUGAAUCUGAUCGACAUUCGCUUUUCGUUAAUGACAAACAUCAUGACGAUUUUUCGUUGGAUGCUAUUCAGCGCGAAGAGCAAGAUAUGGAAAUACAAUCAAAGGACUUAAAGACUGAACAAAUUAUUUUAAAGGAUGAUGAGAUAUUACCUGAUUCGUGGCAAAAAUGUAUGUCAAGAAAGAAUAAAGUGUAUUAUUUUAAUCAAAUAACACGAGAAAGUCGUUGGACAUUUCCAUCCGAAGACUUUGGCAAAAGAUUUUCAAAUGAAUCUGAAAGGAGUUAUCAGAUAUCGCCUGCACAUGAUGAUAAAAUUGAUGAAUAUGAACAACAUAAUUCGGACGAUAUUGAAAUUCCUCGCAAGAAACCACGUUUAAAAUCGCGAGAGUCUGCUGAUGAGAAAGCUUUGGAUGAUCGAAAGGAUUCAAGUAAUCGUGAUAUCUAUGAAAGAAAGUUUGGUUACGAAGAUCAAUCGUCACUUGAUAACUAUUCGGUAAAAGGAACCUCAUUAAGGGACCAAAAAAUAAUGGCUGAUUCGCACGCCGACCCAAUAUCUAGACGUCCUCGUAGCAAUACCACUAGCAACGUCAUUUCAUCUCCAUCUUCGAAGUCACAAACUUCUCCUUCAAUGACGCCUCAAUUUUCACCAACGCACCGUUCUCCUGCACCUGGAUAUGAUCGUCGUUAUAGUGCCGAUUAUGACCAUCUUGGUGGCUCACGAAGGGUACCUUAUAGUGGUCCGCAAUUACAAUCACCUCCAAUGCAAUUACGCUCUAAUGCAGCCUCUUUCAACCGUAAUGAUUUUUACGAACGUAGCGACAAUUUUCGCAUUGAUGAAUUUAAUUCACGCAAUAUUAGCGGAAGUAAUAAUAAUGCCGGAAUGGCGUCUCCGGGGAAUGCACAAACUAAUGUAAAUAAUCGUUCAAAUCGACCAACAAUGUACAAUAGCUCAUUUGGUGUUGAUCAAGGCUCUAUAUCUGGUAACAGGCGUACUUCUACAAUGGGUCGUGGUGGUAUGUCUUCGUUAAAUCAUUCAAUACGACAUAGAGUAAGGUCUUCUCAUGAAGAUGACCGAAAUAUAUAUAAUGGAGAUGAAGAUCGAAUGGAAGCGUCUAUGGAGGUCGGUGAAUUUAAAAUUAAUAAUAGGAACUUGCCGACGCGUGAAUUCAGUAAUAGAAUUGGUGAAAAGGCAGAUUUGGAAAAUGGUGUUCCUCCAAAUGAUUCUACAUUUGAUGUUGUACCAGACGCUGCUUUCAUAGCAUCAGACGAAGAAGCUUGGCGUACGGAGGACGAAAUGGUUGAUGAUGUACUUGCUGAUACUGAACCAGAAUCGCUCUUCUUAUUUCGCCGUUCAAGGUCAUCUAGUCCUACUUCUCACCUUUUAUCAGAUGAAGAUAUUAUAAGGCGACAAAUUGCACCGAUAUGGAGUCAUAUUACUUCAAACGUCGCUGGUGAUGAGCUAUUCCAACAAUUUGAACAAAUAAUGAAUAAUGGUAACUCGCACAAGAAAAAGGAGAUGAGAAUUUUGAAUUCAAGAAAAGAAUUUGAUCGAAGACGAGCUAUUUUUGGUGGAAAAAGAAUGUUUCGAUAUAAACAUUUGUUUGCUAUUUCGCGUCCAAAAACCUCAUGUCAGGAUUAUUUUGUUUAUCCUAAAAAUAUGCCAGAAGUACCCGACAACCUUUUUCAAUCAUGUAUAGACAUUUUUCA